AUGAUUCGAGGUCUUGUUUCCAGUAGGCAAAUUAUUGCACGCGGGUUGGCUGUUCCUAGAGCUUCGAUUUCUGCCUCCAGUUCUUGUUGGUACAGUAAUGCUGCUCCAAAAAAAGGCGGUUUCAUCAACAAUCUCAUCGAAAAUGUCAAGGAGGAGUUGGAGAAGAACAAGGAGUUGCAUGUAUUUCGUAUUGUCAAUUGUUGAGAUUAAUAUAAUGUCUUUAGGAACACCAAAAGCAACUUCGAGCUCGAAUGCAAGAGCUCAAUGACAGCGAAGCUUUGAAAGACGCCCGAAAAAAAUUUGUCAGUUCCGAAAGCUUCUAUAAAUCAAAAAAAAAGCUAUUUUCAGGAAGUUGUGGAAAAGGAAACGAUGAAAAGCUCGCAAGUAGUGAAAGUGAAAAUCGAAGAGCUCAGUGAACAAAUGUCUAAGGUUAAUAAAUCUUCUUAAAAAGGUAAAAUUUUAUGUUUAGAUGAUCAAAGAGAUUCAAAAGACUGAAGCCGGUAAGAAGAUGACAGCAGCUGGAGAGGAAGCUUUGAGACAGGUUGGGAACAUUCGUUUCCAACAAAAAUAAGCAAACGUUAGUUAAGGCGAGAAUAGCGGCCGAGCACAUGGAGAAAGUCGCCGAAAAAGUUGGCGACACUCAAGUUUACAAGCACGUUUCUACUGUGAGUAUUUCUUCAUGAGUUAAUUGUUUUUAGUACACUUUUAGUCAAUGAAAACUGUGAAGGAUGAGAUUGACACAAUUACCGAUGUCCGGAUGUACAGCAGGCCAGGUGAUCGGAUCAAUGUUUCAUGAUGAAAUUGAAUACUUUUAGACGUUUUGAAAAAGCGAACAGAUGGCUUUUCCACUGAAGCAAAAACCGUAGCGGCUAAUGAGUAAGUUUUUUUCUAUCAUAGUCUGUUUGAAAUGGAGCAUCGGUGGCAUUUUAAGUUGUUCAAGACUACCGUUCCUCUGAAAACUGACCUGUUUGUAAACCUUUUACCUGGUUCAAAAUUUAAUUUUUGAAUUUAAGCGACGCUACAGACGUGACACUUCAUAAGGAAUCGCGAUGGUACGCCGGUUGGAAGGAAUUUUCUGAAAAUAACGCCUACUAUAAUAGUUCGUUUCGUGUUUUUUAGUUCCCCCUUCCAGCUUAAAUUUUUCUCAUGCAAAAAUAAUGAAGAUCAUUUUUUUCAGAAGUUCUGGAUUGGAAAAUUCGUUACGAUGAAUCGGAUAAUCUUGCCGUCCGUAUGAUGCGCGGGAUUACGGAGAGAAUCGGGAGUGUUUUCAGUCAGUUUCUUUUUUAAUCAGGGAAUAUUAAAUGAUUUGAUUUCAGGCGGUCAAAAUGAAGUGAGCGAAGUUUUGACGGAAAUCAGAAAAAUCGAUUCUUCAUUUGAUAAGGCCGAGUGGCUGAAGUUCUGCGAAACUAAGGUAAGAAGGGGGGAAAAAUUACUGGCUUAUUUUUAGAAUUGAGCUUAUAGGUUUUUCUUUGUUGAUAGUUUUGCUCCCAAUUUUCCAAUUUCAGAUCAUUCCUAACGUUUUGGAAGCGUUCAUUCGUAGUGAUCUCGAAGUAUUGCAGGACUGGUGCCAUGAAAGGGUUAGUUUUAAUUUUUUCUUUUGUUGGAAACAAAAGAACAUGCUUUCAAGGCAUACAUCGCCUUGUCCAACGUCAUCAAGGAAUACAAAAAGAUGCACUUCAGUAUGGCUGAUUCGAGGGUUAUCGACGUCAGCAAAGUCGAGGUUUUUUCAUUUUAUAUCAUUCGAUAAUUUGGCAAAAAAGGAUGUUUCAGAUGGUAUCCGGAAAGAUGAUGGAACAGGGUCCAGUCUUGAUUAUCACUUUCCAAGCCUUUAUGAUCAAUGUGGUGAAGAAUGCUGAAAAAAAAGUCGUUGAAGGAAGUCCGGUUGGUUUUUUUUUAUUAAAAGAAGUGUUAGUGCUUUGAAAACAUGAAUAUGUUUUUCGAUGAAACUAAGAGCUUCGAAAGCAAGCGUUGGAAGUGAAGAAUAUAAGAUUCGUAUAAAAAAAACUUCUUUCUUAUCAAUAAAGAUAUUCUUUAACGGCGCAAUGGUUCGUUUUUGUUACAAGCCAAUAUUUUUUUGAAUUCUAAUGACAGGUUUUAUUUUCCCUUUCUCAGGAACUUGCUCACCAGGGAAUGGUCUCAGCUCACAGUGGGACUUCUGAAAGAGACCAUAUUUUCUAGAUGUAGUUUUUUACGCUGAUUCCAAAUCCGUUUUCAGAAGCUGCCACCGAGGUCUGUGAAAAAAGUUAUGGACCCUCAAAAGUCGAAAAUUUCAUAGUCUCCGAUCGAGCUGAUUUUUAGAGGGUAUAUAGUCCUUGUUUCCCUUGUCACGAUAAACCAUCAAAUUUUCUCAAAAAAUGUUUAUGAGCCAAGAUAUGAGCUUUCAAAGCCCCACCGCACACAAGAGAAUGCGCACGCGGUGUCCUAUUGCGAUCUGACGGCUGUCGAAGCAACGGCGGCGAGGAGCAGUGGAAAGGCGGCGGACUGGGGAUCACCAGGACAAAGGUUCGGUGCCCACGCUGUGCAAACUUUUUUUGCAGUUUUUUCUUUUUUGGAUAUUUCCGGUUAAGUGCUCCUUUUCUGAGUUUCGAAGCGUAGAAACAUGAAAACACUGCGUUUUGAGCCUAUUCAAACAGCUAGACUUCUUUUUGUCGCAAAUUUUUUUCAUGGAUUUUUUCGUGAUUUUCCAUGUAUAUGAGCAUAGGUUAGAGUAUCAAAAUUUUUCAGAAAAAAAUUUUUUUAUGGCUUUUUAAAAAUCUUUUUCUUUUUUUCUAAAUAUAGUCUAACCCGAAGUCAUCAUGGCUACGCUUGUCGAUCACAGAAAAAAAAUUUUUUUUACUUCAAUAAACUCUUCGUGCUUUUCAGUGGGCUCACCUAUGACCGUCGCCUUUUGCCGUCUGACUAUGAAUUUUCAGGAAUUACAUUGAACGAAACAUUUUUUUGGGGAGUUCCGAAAAAAAAAUGUCUGCGUUUUCUACCAUCGCAGUUAUGAAAACUUGCGUCUAGCCAGCGUUCAAAAAGGAAAAGAAAACAAAAAAAAUUUUUCUGAAAAUUUUGACACUCCAACCUAUGCUCAUACACAUGGAAAAUCACGAAAAAAUCCAUGAAAAAAAUUUGCGACAAAAAGAAGUCUAGCUGUUUGAAUAGGCUCAAAACGCAGUGUUUUCAUGUUUCUACGCUUCGAAACUCAGAAAAGGAGCACUUAACCGGAAAUAUCCAAAAAAGAAAAAACUGCAAAAAAAGUUUGCACAGCGUGGGCACCGAACCUUUCCUCGCCGCCGUUGCUUCGACAGCCGUCAGAUCGCAAUAGGACACCGCGUGCGCAUUCUCUUGUGUGCGGUGGGGCUUUGAAAGCUCAUAUCUUGGCUCAUAAACAUUUUUUGAGAAAAUUUGAUGGUUUAUCGUGACAAGGGAAACAAGGACUAUAUACCCUCUAAAAAUCAGCUCGAUCGGAGACUAUGAAAUUUUCGACUUUUGAGGGUCCAUAACUUUUUUCACAGACCUCGGUGGCAGCUUUCGAAAACGGAUUUGGAAUCAGCGUGAAAAACUACAUCUAGAAAAUAUGGUCUCUUUCAGAAGUCCCACUGUGAGCUGAGACCAUUCCCUGGUCAGUAGCAUUGAAAGGAUCAUGAACGAAAAACUUUUUGGGAAAAAAGGAUAUUUUUGGCGAAAAAAAGACUGUAACGCAAGUUCCAAUUGAAUAUUAGAAACAAGGCGGUAAUUUAAGGGAUUCAGUGAGUUUCAAGCUUAGAACCCAUAAAGGGAUAGGUUUUUGUGGCAACUCAAAUCUUCUCAAAUUGAAGUCAUCAUUGUGGUUAAAAGGUAUUUAUUGUAGUCAACACUACCUUCCUGAGUUUGAAAAUAAUUUUUACUCGUUGCUUCGAUAAACUUUUGUGAGCCAAUCCAUCACUUGGACGUAUAUAGUCAAUCUAUCCCGACUUGAAAGGCAAGGGAGACGGAGAAGUUGGCGAGACGCGGUUCUUGGCACUAGUUCAAUUCAAGCGCCACCGAAUAUUCAAAAAAUAAAUCGGUCAACGCUUUUUUGUGUCUAUUCUACUAUUUUCUAGUGCACAGAUGAAAAUAAUCAAUGAAGUGUUGAAAAAAGAUAUGAGAAGAGCGAUAAACGAGCUCUCCAGAUAGUUGCUGGCGAUUGAAUUGAUCUGAACCGCAUACGCGCACGCUACGCGUCCCGCCCCCUUCUCGCCUCCCUUGCCCUUCAAGUCGGGGAAAAUUGAAUAUGGUCUGUCCAAAUUUUGAAUGUCAAGCAGCUAAAUUCGUAAACAGACCGGAUUCAGCUCGGGGCAAUGUAUGACCCUGAUUUUCAGGACAAAACAGUACGGGUUCACCACGUCUGGGUGCUGUGCCGCGACAUGGAGGAGUACAACCCAGCGUUGGCGUGGAAAUUGCUAGAAGUUCAUAUGCAAGAGGGAGAACUCGCUGUUUAA